AUGCCCAAUACUCGCUCACGAGGCGAGAUAAUUGAGCAACCCUUUGACGAACCCGAGCGUCUUCUUAACGAACGACGCCGAAAUUUAAGUACUCAACCCGAGAAUAUCGAAACCGAAAUUCUCACUCUCGAAGUAACCGAAGAAAUCAUUAACGAAAUAGUUGACGAACCAGUCAUGGCUGAAAAUCGUCCACUUAGAUCUUACGCUAUUCCUUCGCAAGAAGAACUGCAUAAUAGCAUCGCUGCCCCCGCUAUUGAAGCAAACAAUUUCGAGCUUAAACCUUCAUUGUUGGCUAUAGUACAACAAAACCAAUUCUCCGGAAAUCCCGCGGACGACCCUAAUCUACAUUUGUCCAUAUUCUUGCAAUAUGCCGAUACUAUCAAAGCUAAUGGUGUCAGUCCCGAAGCUAUAAGACUUCGUUUAUUCCCAUUCUCAUUAAGGGAUAAAGCUAGAGCCUGGCUCCAGUCCCUACCAUCCAACUUCGUCGCAACAUGGGACGAGUUGAAGAAAGUCUUUUUAGCAAGAUAUUUCCCGCCUAGCAAAACUGCUAUGCUAAGAGCCCAAAUCAAUGGAUUUAGACAAAGGGACAACGAGUCUCUUUUCGAAGCUUGGGAAAGAUAUAAAGAAAUGAUUAGGAUAUGUCCUCAUCAUGGGCUCGAAGAAUGGCUAAUCAUCCAUACCUUUUACAACGGUCUCUUGUAUAAUACAAGAAUGAUAAUAGACGCCGUAGCUGGUGGCGCACUUAUGGAUAAACCAUACAACCAAGCCUAUCAGCUUAUCGAGAGCAUGGCUCAGAACCAUUAUCAGUGGGGAAACGAGAGAACAUCCGUAGAGAAGCCUCAAACGAAAGGCGGUAUGUACGAAGUAAACGAGCUUGACCUUGUUAAAGCCAAACUUGAAGCUCUAACUCAAAAGAUGGAGAGUAUGACCACAACACCUGCAGCCACCAUGGCUGCAACAAUUUCAAAUUGCGAACUAUGUGGAAUUCAAGGGCACAAAAUCGCUGAAUGUCAACUCUUAACGGAAGUUCCCCCAGACCAAGUAAACUACACUCAAGGAAACCCUUACAAUCAAGGUCCGAGGAACCAUCCAUACCUUUCGUACAAAAGUAACAAUGCUCUAUAUGCACCUGGCCAAGCACCUUCUCCCACUCCACCAGGAUUCCAAAAACUUGCUUUCAAUGCUCCUAGGAAGUCUAAUCUUGAACUAUUAGUAGAAAACUUCAUAGCUACCCAGACUCAAACCAACCUUCAAACUAGUGAGCAAAUUAAACAAAUAACAAGCAAAUUAGAUGUCUUGACCACUCACACUAGAAUGCUAGAAACUCAAAUAGCACAAGUAGCACAACAACAAGCAUCUACCUCUGCUCCUGCGGGCACAUUUCCCGGACAACCACAACCGAACCCAAAAGGCCAAGUAAACGCUAUAAUGCUAAGAAGUGGAAAGCAAGUGGAUGAACCAACUAGUUCACAAGUGGACAAACCAAGUGAUCCUAAGUCCGAUGCCCCAGCCAUACACCAAGACUCGGAUGAGGUAACCAAGGGAGAGAGUGAACAAAACAUAAAAGAUAAAGAAAAUAGUGGUGAGGAAACCAUAGAAAAGAAGAAACCUUAUGUACCUCCACCACCAUAUAAACCACCCAUUCCGUAUCCUCAAAGAUUCGAGAAAUCCAAGAGUGUAGAACAAUUUAAGAAAUUCGUAGAGCUUCUAAAACAAUUAAACAUCACAAUACCCUUUACGGAAGCCAUUACCCAAAUGCCCUCAUACGCUAAGUUUCUCAAAGAAAUUUUAACUAAAAAGAAAAAGAUCGAGGAUGAGGAAAUCGUUAUGCUUACUGCCGAGUGUAGCGCCAUACUCCAAAAUGAUAUGCCCCCUAAGCUAAAAGACCCAGGAAGUUUUUCCAUACCCUGUGUAAUUGGAAAUUAUGUAAUAGAUAGGGCCCUAUGCGAUUUAGGAGCCAGUAUCAGCUUAAUGCCUAUGUCCAUAUGCGAAAAACUUAAUUUAGGAGAAUUGAGACCAACUAAAAUGUCAAUACAAUUCGCUGACCGUUCUGUCAAAUACCCCUUAGGUAUACUAGAAAACGUGCCAGUACGUGUAGGUCAAUUCUAUAUCCCUACCGAUUUUAUAGUCAUGGACAUAAGGGAAGAUUCCAAUACACCUAUCAUUUUAGGAAGGCCAUUCUUAGCAACUGCCGGAGCCGUAAUAGAUGUAAAGGAAGGAAAGCUAACGUUUGUAGUAGGUGAAGAAAAAGUCGAAUUUAUUUUAACGCAACUCAUGAAAGCACCAGCUAUAGACGAUAGUUGUUACAUGGUAGACGUCAUCCAAGAAUGUAGAAAAGAGAGUGAGAAGGAUCAAACUAAACAUUCUGAAAUUUUAAAAACUUCCACUCCUCCAACUCAUAAAAAUGGUGAUGACGACCUAGCUAAAUGUUUAGAGAUUACACAAGUUCCUAAACCUAGCCAUGUUAAACCAACUUUAAAACUAAAAACUCCAUCAAGACUCCAAAAAGGAACCCCUGUGGCUCCGAAUAAAUUAAAAGGCCCCGUUUCUAAGAAAAUACCUCCCGACAUAUUAAAAGACCACCCAGAAAAUAACAUCGCUCAAAAUAAAAUACCCCCGGGUGUCUCUAAGAAAAAGAAAGAAAAAAAGAAGAGAAGACCUAUGAAAUGGUCUGACAUUUUCAAACGGAGACCCAAGAAUAUUGAGCAUAAUUUAAAAGAUGUGAGUCUAGAGGAGGAACCAUGUUGA